AUGCCUUCUGAAUUUUCUGUUGUUCAAUAUUCUGAUUAUACUAUCUUAGUUUUUCAAGAUAUUAACGCAUAUAAUAUUGAUAAUUUACCUUUAAAAUGGUUUAAAAACCUUACUUUUACUAUUCAAUAUCAACAAAGUUUAACUCCUUUAGUAUUUGAUUCUUUACUUAUUCAAAUUUAUACUGCUUAUCUUCGAACAAAUCGAUUUACUUUAGAUCCUUUUUUAAUUCUUUAUAAUCAUAGUGAGGUAAAAUCUGAAAUUUCUGAAACUUCUGAUUUAUUUGAAUUUGAUUUAGAACAAUUAUAUCAAACUCCUAUACCUUUUCCUCCUAUUACUCCACCUUUAUUACCUCCAAAUAAUAAUAAUAUGACAUUACAAGCACAAGAUGUCAACAAUUUAAUUGCUGCUAUUCAAGCACUAGAUAACUGGAUUCAAAAUCAAACAAAUGCUAUUGCUAAUAAUACUAAUUGUCUUGAACAAAGAGAAACUAAACUUAUUGAAAUUAUACCUUUUGCUGGUGGUAACCAAGAUCCAGUUACUUGGAUUGAGAAAUUUGAACAUAUGGCUGUAGCUAACAACUUUACUGAUGCAAGAAGACUACAAAUUAUUCCUGCUUAUCUUAAAAAUGAAGCAGCAAUUUGGUAUAAUAACACCAACCAACAACAAGCUUUUGGACACUGGGAUACACAAAAUCAAGCUGAUAAUCAAUAUACUAUGCAUCUACAUGAAUUAUAUUAUCGAUUAGAAACAAAUGCUAAUGUUUAUCUAGAAAUAGAAAAAGUCUGUAAAUUUAUCACUGGUUUAAGAACAGAAUUACAAAUAGCAGUACAUCUAUUUGGUGAAAAUACUUGGAAUGGAGUAGUUAACAGAGCAAAAACCUGUGAACUUACUCGUUAUAGUGCUGCAAUAUAUAUUACUCCUAAUCUUAACAACAAUAUUGUUACUUCAACUCCUACAUCUUCUAAUUUU